GAAAUCUCGCGAAAUUCGUAUUUGACAUGCUGUAACUAACAAUUCAGAUUGUGAAAAUAGCCCUUGAGUCAAAUGACAAUUGAACUAGAUGUGCUAUAUAUUUUAAAGUGCACAGUGAUGAAAUUAGGUUAUUAUUCAGGGUGCGGUGAGGAGUUGGAGGAUGGCAGAGCCAGAUCGCAGCUCAACCGAUGGCACUCCUGAAAAUGAAGUAGAUUCAGGUACACAGCCUGAAAGUGCACAUAGCAAUGAAGAUGGAUGUGAUCAAGAGAAUGAAGCAGAUCAGUCUGGAGGUCAAGGAAGCCCUGUAGCAUCAGGUGGCAAUGAAGGAGCCCUUAACACCAACUAUGACUCUAGUGAUGGAGCCAUUCCAAUACACAGGUGUGACCGUUGUGAUAACUAUGAAACACUUAGUCGCUCUGCAUUUUUAACUCAUUUGUCCAGCUGCUCUGUAAAUGAGGGUGAGUCAUCAGCAGCAGACAGGAGUCAUGACCGAAAAUUGUUUCAGUGUGAUGUGUGCAAUAUGAAGUUUUCUAAUGGUGCAAACAUGAGACGGCAUAAAAUGCGACACACAGGAGUAAAGCCUUAUGAAUGUCGUGUCUGCCAAAAGAGAUUUUUCCGCAAGGACCACCUGGCAGAGCAUUUUACAACCCAUACAAAAACAUUACCUUAUCAUUGCCCCAUUUGCAACAGAGGUUUCCAGCGUCAGAUUGCAAUGCGAGCACAUUUUCAAAAUGAACAUGUUGGACAGCAUGACAUGAUCAAGUCCUGUCCACUCUGCAGUUAUCGAGCUGGCUCAAUGAAGAGUUUACGUGUUCAUUUCUUCAACAGGCAUGGUAUAGAUCUCGACAACCCAGGGCCAGGAACGGCAGGUGCUUCAUCUGUCAUGCAAGCUGGCCACUGCUCUCCUAUGGAGAUGACAUGUGGUGUUAGUGUGGCUGCUACUUACAGUGACAGUGGAGAUUCAGUUGGUGCCAGAUCCAUUGACAAUGCUACUCCACCAAUGCAUUUUCUGACACCACAUGUUGAGAUAUCAAUGGCUGAUGCACCAACUCCAUUUUCACCUAGCCAAUGUGAGCAGCCUUUGUCCCAGUCUGUCUCUGAAAGUCAAUCAUCAUCCCAGCAUCUUAAUGGAGACUGCCCAUGUCCUGGAUCACCACAUUCAGCUGACUCCAACUCCAAUGCACCAUCCAGUAGUCAUAAUGGAAAAGAUGCAGAAAGUGUGGCUGUGGCACCUUCCAUUUCACUUAUUCCCAUCAAGCAAGAGCCAGUGUCAGCUGCUGAUCCUGGGCCACUGCCUGUCAAUCUAAGCACAACAACACCUGAUGGGCAGGUGCACUUCCAGUCUGCAUCUUCAACUGGCAUUCCAAGUCUUGUAAAGGUAUCUCCACUUAAAUCACUGUUGCGAGAUGAUCUCAAGCGGAAAAUAACAGUAACAACAGCACGGCCAGGAAGCCAACCUCGCUGUAGUCGGCCUCUUGCACCUUCUCCACAUCCUGAGAGCACAGCUUCAUUGCCGUUUGGGCUUCGACAGGGGUCUGGGUUGGGAACAGUGAAUGGUACAAUUACAUCGACUGGUACAGAUCAACCACCAGACUCUGCAGCAUCAACAGUAUGGCGCCCAGCACCUCUUCGGCGCGGCACGGGAAUUGGCACUCCGUCAUCGGCCCUUCAGUGUGUAUUUUGUGGCAUUGCUUUUCCUGAUCAGACAUUAUAUUUCCUUCAUAAAGGCUGUCAUUCUGACAGCAAUCCAUGGAAAUGUAAUAUCUGUGGGGAACAGUGUUCAAAUGUUUAUGAAUUUAAUUCUCAUUUACUCAGUAAGACACAUCAAUGAGGUCAACCACAUAUGUAUCCGAUACAUAGAGAGUGGCAUAUUUUGUCUUGUUGUUAAUGUGAAAGUUAUAGUUGUUAUUGAUUUUACUUGAAUCAUACAUUUGCUCCUCAUACUCUGAAGUCCUGCUGUUAACAUUUUCAGGAGAGGGAGAGGGCAAACAUUGACUCUUAAUAAAUGACGAAUAUGGUAUUGUAAUGACUGAGUGGUAGGAUGAUUGAAUAUUCCACAUCUUUUACCGUCCAUAAACUUAUCAUCCUUUAUUAAAUGAAUUUCUCUACCCCCUCCCCCAUAAUCCCUCCUCUCAAAAAUUCCUUUUCUGAUUACCAGUCAUUGCAAAGCCUUACUUCCUGUGGCUUUUUCAUCUAGAAGUAAAUUUUUUAAUAAAAGUUUUAGGCUUAUACAUAUACAUCAGUUUAGUACUGUGUAAUC